AUGGCGCUGGAAGGGAGUAGCGGGAGGAGCUUCGUCGAUUGCUUUCAUCUCUUCAAAGAGGGAAUAAGACCACUGUGGGAGGAUACUGCAAAUCGAAACGGUGGAAAAUGGAUUGUUCGCUUUAAGAAGAUCGUAUCCGGUCGAUUCUGGGAGGACUUGGUGCUCGCAAUGAUCGGAGAUCAACUCGAAUACAGUGACAGCCUCUGUGGAGCGGUGCUGAGCAUUCGUUUCGGGGAGGACAUUUUGAGCGUCUGGAACAGGAACGCGUCUGAUAAUCAGGUAUGGUUUGGAAGUGAACUGUCUGCGCCCUUGCAGAAAACAACGGAAGGCUGUGUUUGCUGCAAAGCGAUAUUCCGGGGAUUGCUCCCUCCCGUGGCUGGCCUUGAAUCCAAGCGGCGGUGGAGCGUGGCUGGGAUUGCCUCCGGCGGAGUCAUGCUGCCACGACUUUGA